CCAGGGCUGUAUUUGAAGUUCUCUUUGUAUUUAUGUUUCUUGAUCUAAGACUUACUGAAAGCAAAGAGAAACAAGAUGCUGCCUUUAAUGUCGGUGUAAAUGAUGCGCCUGAAUUUAAGGCAUCUAAACAAGUCAGAUAUCUGUUAUACAAUGUGAAUCCCGGUGAGGGGUUCAACCUUAGGCGAGAUGUCUACAUACGUGUUGCCAACCUUGUCAAGCUUUUGAAUGAUGAUGAACCUUGGGCAUUGGUGCUGCCACCCUGGGGGAGGAUCUAUCACUGGCAGACAAGGGAGAUCAGUCAGAUAAUGCUCCCUUGGUCUCUCUUUUUUGAUCUUGAAAGCUUGAGGAGACACAUACCUGUCCUGGAAUUUGAGGAAUUUUUAGCAGUGAGUGAGGAGCCGGUGAUUGAUGAAGUGUACUACUUACAAAGGUACAAGGAGGGCUGGACCAAGUGGGAGGAGAAGAUGGACAUUCGUGAAUGUUUGGACAAACAUGGAUAUUCCAAGGGCAAAGACAGUCGCUGGCAUCACUGGUUCUUUGGUUAUGGAGAUGAUGUUUAUGCCAAAAAGUUUGAAUGCAUGUCAUACAUGGGACAUGCAGGCUUCAUCAAACCAUUUCUAAUGCACAAUUCAUCAGCGAGGUCUGUAUUCUUGGACAGAGCUGAGACACUUAUCCAUGGCAUGUACAGUGAGUGGUCUCCCCUCUACUGGAGUGGCAGAAGAAGUAUGGUGUAUGCCAAACAUCUGAGAGAUAUUGGAGAUAGUUUCCGUGAAAAAUAUCUCAGCUCCACUGACAAGAAAGAUAAAACUUUGCUGGAUGACUGGACAAAAAUGAAUAAAAAGCAUGGUGAUGCUAAAGGUGGUCCUUACCUAGCUAUACAUCUGAGAAGGAAAGACUAUCUGUAUGCCCAUGGAGGGGAGAUACCCAGUAUCCAACAUGUCCCUAAAAAGGUUCAACCCAUACUGAAAAAACACAAGCUCAAGAAAGUCUUCAUUGCCACAGAUGCACCUGAUGAAGAGUUUGAGUAUCUAAAACAGCAGUUUGGUGAGAAGAUUGAAGUUUAUCGGUAUAAACCCACCCCAGAGGAACAUGAAAAAUAUAAAGAUGGUGGAGUAGCUAUCAUUGAUCAGUGGAUCUGUGCCCAUGCCAGGUAUUUCAUUGGAAGUUAUGUAUCAACAUUUUCAUUCCGAAUUCAAGAAGAGCGAGAGAUUUUAGGAUUUGAGCCAGAAAUGACUUUCAAUAGGCUCUGCAAUGAUGACAGCGAUACCUGUGAACAGCCUUCUAAAUGGACCAUCAAAUAUUGAUCAUCUGUGCUCUAGAAAUCCUUUAUUUGCCGUCAAAGCUGUUCCAAUUUCUGUUACA